AUGGUGUCCCAACUCGCCAACUUCGUAUUUACUCUCGUCCUGACGAUCCUAGCGUCCACGACACUGGUGCUGACCUACCGUCUCUGGGUGCGGCCCGUGCUCGUGCGCCACAACAUCUUCCCGCUGCAACACCUGCCCAGUGCCAUCUCGCAGCAUCUGUCGAACCGUCGACGGAGGGGGCAUGUUAGACUGCCGAGCGACGACUUUGACGAGGAUCCGAGGGAGUGGAGCGAUAGUGCGCGCUUGGGCAGGGAUUUAGAGGAGGGAUUCGGGGUUUAUCGCGAUGAUGACGGCGAGCAUGCGGAGGAGCUGGCGGUAGCGCGAGUGCGAGGCGCGGAGACUACGGCGGUGGUGGUGGUGGAGCAGCCGAAAGCCGAGGCGAGGGAGGAGACGCUGCUGGUGUAG